UCUCUUUCUCUGCAUCCCUCGAUCCCAUCCCUUUCCCACUAUAUCUCUCCUUCUCUCCUCCUUCCAUUCUCUCGCUCUGUCCCCCUCCCUCACUCCCUUCUACUACUGCUCUCCCUCUCUCUCUUUCUCUCUCUCCCCUCCUACACACUGUGUGUAUGAGCGAGCGAGAGGCUCAGUGAGUGUGUGAGUGUAUCUCUCUCUCUCUCUCUCUCUCUCUCACUCUCUUUUUUUCUCUGUGUGUGGUUUGGCUGCUCUGCUGCUUCAUUAGCCCACAGCCUCCCUCUCUCUCUCUCUCUCUCUCUCUCUUCUGCAGCAGCAUCAGUGUGACAGGCGGCCGAGCGAGCCCCGUGAAGAGCAGAGAGAGAAAAGAGAGAGAGAGGGAGAGAAGGAGGGAUACACUCACACACUCACAUGAAGACACACUCCUGAUUCACUCGUCCUACCUCCACCGUCCAAAGACCCGCCCACACACACCCUUACACACUCUUACACACACACACACACACACUCUUACACACUCUUACACACACACACACACUCUUACACACACACACACGUGCUCGCCGUAGCCAUGACGACCUCAGCCCUGCGGCGGCAGGUGAAGAACAUCGUUCAUAACUACUCGGAGGCGGAGAUUAAGGUGCGGGAGGCGACCUCUAAUGACCCCUGGGGUCCGUCCAGUUCCCUGAUGUCUGAGAUUGCGGACCUGACCUUCAGCGUGGUGGCCUUCAGCGAGGUCAUGGCCAUGGUCUGGAAACGCCUCAACGACCACGGCAAGAACUGGAGACACGUCUACAAGGCGUUGACUCUUCUGGACUAUCUGGCGAAGACGGGUUCGGAGCGGGUGGCCCAGCAGUGCCGGGAGAACGCCUUCACCAUCCAGACGCUGCGGGACUUCCAGUACGUGGACCGAGACGGGCGGGACCAGGGCGUGAACGUCAGGGAGAAGGCCAAACAGUUGGUGGCACUGCUGCGGGACGAGGAACGUCUCCGUCAGGAAAGAGCCCAGGCUUUGAAGACCAAAGAGAGGAUGGCAGGUGGAGGUGGAGGGGGAGGUGGAGGGGGCGGAGGUACAGGAGGUGGAGGGGGAGGGGCUUAUCCCAGUAGGAGGAGCAGCCAGCCUAGUAUGGCCGCCCUGUACGGCGAAGAGUUCAGCCGAUCCAGAGAAUCACCGUCGUCAUUUAACUCAUCUGCAUCUUCUCCCAGAGCGUCAGAGUUGGAACAGUCCCGACCUCAGACCAGCGGAGAGGAAGAGCUACAGCUACAGCUGGCACUCGCCAUGAGCAGAGAGGAGCAGCGAAGCCGGCAAGGGGACGACACACACCUUCAGAAAGUUCUGGAGCAGAGCCGGAGAGAGAGCGAAUCAGGACAAGGCGAGUCAUCCAUGCUUGAUCUGGUGGAUAUAUUUGGGCCUUCGACUGAAGCGCCACCUAGUGACGACCCCUGGGACGCCCAGCCCACCUGCCCGAUGACCUCCGACCCGUGGGAGGCUGUUGCUGUAGUAAAGUCUAGUACUCCUGUAGUCGGCAGUCCUUGGACGGCCCGGCCCUCUUCAGGAAGCCCCUCCCACCCGUGGGGAAACAGCCAAACACCUCCAGAUCCCUGGGGAGCUCCGCCCACCGACCCAAGCCCUAAAUCUGCAGAACAUGUAUGGAGGAGUCCGGCUCGGACAGCCUCAGUGGUAAUCGACCCGUUCUCCAUCCGGGAGGAGGAAGAGGAGGAAGAGGAGGAGGAGCUGAGAGAACAGGAAGAGAGGAAGGAAGAGAGGAAAGAUGGACGGGAGGAGGGGCCUAACAGUGUGUUCAGCCCACGCUGCAGUAGCCCAGCAGAUGUAGACCCGUUUGUGGAGUUGGUGGUGGGGGGACAGGUGAACGGUAGGAUCGAGGACAGUCCGGUGACCUUUGACCUGUCUCGUCUGGGUCCUCCACUGGAGUCGGUGACGCCUAGAAUGUGCCGGACGCCUGAGACGUUUCUGGGUCCGACUGCUGCUUCUCUUGUAAACCUGGAUACACUGAUCCCAACAAACCCACCGGCCAAGAGCAGAAACCCCUUCCUCUCAGGUCUGAGUACUCCCUCGCCCACUAACCCAUUCCACUGUGAGCAGCCCAGACUGACUCUCAAUCAGAUGCGUCCAAGUUCCACGUCUCCCCAGCCUCCCCACACUCUGUCCUACAGCGCCUCCCUGCCCCUGCCAAUCCAGCAGCCACAGCGCCCGUCACUGCCGUCGUCCUUCACCCAGCCCCACCACGGCCUGCUGGAGAUGCCCAGCAACCUGCCCCAGCCCCUACUGCCCCUGUCCCCAACGCCGGCCCACCAAACUCACUUCCACAGCCACAACCCCUUCCUCUGAAAACUGGAUCAGAAUUUCCUCCGUUCACACCUAUUCUGAAUCUUGAUUCUGAUUCAGAACUGAACUAGAACUACAAACUCAUUUAAAAGUGAUCUGGGUCAGAAUCACAUAUAUUGACACUUGUCCUGCUUUUGAACUGAACUGCAGAUGCUGGUGAAAGUAAUCUGGAUUAGAAUCCUACCCAUUCACACCUAGUUUGCUUUGGAACUGAAAUACAGACACUUUUGAAAAUCAGAAUCACAUCUAUAUACACCCAGUCUCCUUUGGAACUGAAUUACAGACGCUUGUGAAAGUGGUCUGGAUCAGAAUCACAUCUAUUCACACAUUAUCUGCUUUUGAACUGAAUUACAGAUGCUGGUGAAAGUGAUCUGGAUCAAAAUCCUGCCCAUUGACACCAAGUCUGCUUUGGAACUGAAUUGCAGAUGCUCAUGGAAGUGAUCUGGAUCAGAAUCAUAUCUGCAGUAUUCACACCUAAUCUGCUUUUGAACUGAAUUACAGAUGCUGGGUACAGUGAUCUGGAUCAGAAUCCUGCCCAUUCACACCUAGUCUGCAUUUGAACUAAAUUACAGAUGCUGGUGAAAGUGAUCUGGAUCAAAGACACCCCCAUUCAUACCUAGUCUGCUUUUGAACUGGUUAAAGUGAUCUAUGUGAACUAUGAUCUGAACUCUACAACCUCAGCUCAACAAUCUGAUUCAGAAUCACAUGUCCACACAUACUCCGCUUUCAAACUGAACUCUACACGGAGCUGGACCUAAUGUGGAAUGCACACUGGACUAUGCACUAAAACAGGUUUAACCUUGGUAUUUUGAGGCUGUUUACACUUUGAAUUUACAUUGUAUUGUUUCAUGUCCAGAUUGAAUCUGGAUAAACUCACUGAAAUACAUUUAUUUUAAUGUGCCAGGAUCUGGUGUUCGUGGCCUGUCCACAUCUGGAUUUUUUUUAUAUUAUCUAAUCUUAAACAAGGUGUAAGCAGCCUCUUUGUUUCACAGUGAACAAACUGAUCUAAUAUAAUUCUCUCUGAAUGUGACUAAAUGACACUUUAGGUUUUAGGGUUUCGUCCUUAGAGAAGCAAUCUCGAUUAGAAUUGUUUCUGUUCACACUGUUCACUCAGAAUUAAAACUGGACUAGAUAGUCAAUGUGAACAAUUCUGUUCUAAUUCCAUGACUAAUGCUAAUCAGAUCUUUUGAGAUGACUGUCCACACUGCUAUUUGCAAUGAGGCUUAAAUCACUUGAAAUCUGAUUCAAGCAUCUGACGCGUCCAAACUGAGACAAAAAUGUAAUCACAUUUCAAACCACCUCGAAAUUUGGUUUAAAUCCUAUUUAAAAAAAUAAGAAUUAAUGUGUUUUUUUGGCUGUUCAGAUUUGAAAAGCUCAAUCUGAAUACAUAUAUCUAAAUAUGCCAAAAAAACAGAUUUGGGCUGGCAGUCUGAACAUAGCCUAAACUACACUUUAGGAGUUAGGGGUUUGUCUUUAGAGAAGCAAUCAGGAUUGUUUCUGUUCACAUUGUUCACUCUGAAUUAGAACUGGUCUACAGAUUCAGUGUGAACAAUUCAGAAUAUACAAUAUUCUCAUUCUGUUAAUGUGACUAACGCUGUGUUCAGACUACAGACAAUUUAGAUUUUUGUCUCAAAUCAAAUCUGUUGAGACGACUGCCCACAAUAUUAUCUAUGUGUAAAUUAAAGAUGUUGAAAUCAAUUUAAAUCUGAUUGAAGAGUUUAAUCCAGAACAAAACAUAAUUGUAAUCACAUUUCAAACCAAUUUGGUUUGAAUCUGAUUUGGAAAAAAUAAUUUUGAAUUAUUUUGGAUUUUGGCUGUCCAAACUUGCAAAACUCAAUCUGAAUACAGAUUUCUAGAUUCCUAAAAAAAUCACAUUUGGGCUGAGAGUCUGAACAUAACUUAAAAAUUACACAUCUCAAGAUCUGGAUCUGGAUCAGAAUAAUUUCUGUUCACACUGUUUACUCUGAAUUAGAACUGGUCUACAUUGUCAUACAGUGUGAACAAUCAAUCCUAAACAAACAAUAGAAUGAAUGUGACUAAAUGCCACUUUAGAGUUUAGAGCAUCGUUCUCUGAGGAACAAUCUGAAUCAGAUUAAUUUAUGUUCACACUUAAUGCGAUUAUUUUUCUACUUAGUGUAAACCGGCUAUUCAAUACUCCUCUUUAGCGAUUUGAUAACACCUACAGCCUUUAGCAUGCUGCUUAUGAAUUCUGAGAUGGGCUUUGACUGUCAAUCAGCAUGACUCCUCCCCCACCUACACCACUCAACCAAUAGCGUUUGACACUGCUUGAGCUGUCAAUCAACAGGACACGCCCCUGUUAGACCUGAAGUGGACAGGACUGAGUUAUUAACAGGGGAAAACCAACUUUUCAGGAAAACCGUCAUGAACUGAAGCUUCACCGAGAAUGAAUGAUCCUUAGCACCUCCCCUUUUUGUAACUCCGCCCCCAAACCCUGCCCUCCUCAGAGCUUCUUCAUGUUCUGUUGCCUUCUGUUUAACGGUCGAUACGAGGUUGUGAAUCACACGACCCCCAGCCUAAACAGGGUCCAGCACUGAUUGUAAACCCCUCCUUCUGACCCGCCCCCACAGAACCGCAGUGCAUUCUGGGCCGGACCUCAGGAGCCCCUCCCACCAAAACCAACCUGCACAACCAAUGAACUGCUCACAAACUACAGUCUGCCUUCUGAUAGGUUCCUGUGGAGCUUCUGGUGGUUCUUAACUCUGGUUCUGGAGAAUGAUUGGUGAUUUUGCAGCUCUAAGAUCUCAAAGAUUCAACCAAUAAGAAAGCGAUGCAGUUCCAACCAUGGAAUCUGAUUGGUGGAACAGCCUAUGUCACGACUAUGUAGUUACGUUAAUUAAAGCUACUGAUGCUCGUUCUUAGAAAGGCUAACAUUGAACAAACAAUGCAUGCAUGCCGACAUUUUUUGGUUAGUCCAAUGUUUUCCGAAAGUUACAGUUAACGUUCUUAAAUCAUUCAAUUUGUCAAUUUCUCAGAAUGUUUUUGGAUUUUAGUAAUCAUUUUAAGUUAUGGUAAUGUUACUUUUAACAUUCCCAUAAUGUUAUUAUUCGUUUAGCUGGGAACGUUUUGAAAGUUACAGUUAAUAUUCUUAAAAUAUUAAAUAUACCAAUUUUUCAAAAUGUUCUUAGAAUGUUUUUAUAUUUUGGCAACCAAUUGAAUUUUUAGGAAUGUUACUUUUAAUGUUAUUAUAAUGUUAUUAUUUGUUAAGCUUAGAAAGUAAUAUGAGAAAUGUUGAUCCAAAUCAUUAUUGUGUCACAUUUUCAGAAUUUAAGGCUGACAUUGAACAAACAAUUGAUGCAUCCCAACGAUUUUUGGUUAUUCUAAUGAUUUUGGAAAGAUACAGUUAACAUUCUAAAAACAAUCAGUUUACGAAGUUUUCUGAAUGUUCUUAGAAUGUUUUUUUUUUUACGCUUUUAAACGUUCUAGUAAUAAUUUUAAGUUUUGGUACUUAACUCUUAUUUACCCAUAUCCAGAAGAAAUGUAAUCACAUUUUUUAAACCACUUCCAAAUUUGGAUUAAAAUCAAGUACUUUUUGAAUUCUUUUGGUUUCUGGCUGUGCAGAUUUGCAAAUCUCAAUCUGAAUACAGAUUUCUAGAUUCCCAAAAAUCACAUUUGAGCUGACAGUCUGAACAUAACCUAAACACUACACUUUUUAAGAUCUGCAUCUGGAUCAGAAUCAUUUCUGUUCACACUGUUCAGUCUAAAUUAGAGCUGAUCUGCAGACUCCUAAACAAAUAAUACUCUCUAAAAGAGUUUAGAGUAUUGAUAGAAAGCAUCCCUGAAUAGUUUAUUUGUGAAAAAAACUCCUUACUAAUGGUUUUCUUCUUAAUUUGUCAAUUUUUCUAACUUCAGAGCUUCUGCGCAAAAACAUGAGUUUUAAAACAGACAAACCCACGAAAUGUUCAAUACAGAAGACCUCCAGCACCAGAACUGAGAAGCACUGAUCCACAAGACUGAUUAACAGAUAAAUAAUAAAUAAUAAUCGAUGAAGAAAGAGGCAGACUGAUCUUAUGGUUUAUUGUGAUGCUGAACUAUCCUAUGCUGUCGUUCUUCUGUUGAAGACACUUUUCAUUUAUUGAUAAAUACCAGCUUUUAUUCUUCAACGGACAUCCAUGAAUAUGGUGAUUAUACAUCCAGGUUAAUGAUCAAUGUAUUACGAUACAAGUGGUAUAUAAAUAUAUAUAUAACAGUAUAUUGGUGCGCACCAAUAAAUGAAUGUCAUUUUCAUUUA